UCCUUGACCCUUUUCAAGAAAACUUCCUAACCAAAAACUACACCAUAUCAUUUCAAGAGAACUUAUAUAUAUAGCAAACAUUGUAUAUAUCAUCCUUCAACAAUGGCCCGAUCACAACAACGAUAUCGUGGUGUUCGACAGAGGCAUUGGGGUUCUUGGGUGUCCGAAAUCCGCCAUCCUUUGUUGAAAACAAGGAUAUGGCUAGGCACAUUUGAGACAGCAGAGGAUGCAGCAAGAGCUUACGAUGAAGCUGCAAGACUGAUGUGUGGUCCAAGGGCCAGAACCAACUUUCCCUACAACCCAAACACGCCCCCACACACAUCUUCAUCCAAGCUACUCUCUCCUACCUUGACAGCCAAAUUGCACAAAUGCUACUUGGCCUCUCUUCAAAUGGCUAAAACAGCCCCCCAAAGUAUGUCGCCCCCACAGAUGUCCCACAACUACCCCGCCAUUUCUGGGAAUCUCCCCGCAGAAGCAGCCUUCUGGUUUCCGGAGAGAACCCCACAAAUGGCAGCACCACAAGCGGUGCAACAGCCUGUAGCGCCCACCGCGGCCUCAAACUGGGCCGCGGUUGGUGGGUCGAUCGGAAACUGCAAGUCAGACAACACAAUGUUCAUAAAGACACUUGAAGAAGAUCACAUUGACCAAAUGAUUGAGGAGCUUCUCCAUUAUGGGUCAAUUGAGCUCUGUUCUGUCGUCGUGCCUUAAAUGGCAAUUCUUUCCUAAAAAAUUUAACCACUAAUUUAAGGCCUUAUAUAUACACGAAUAUAUUUUAAAUUGUGAUUUAAGGAUUUAAUUGUGUAUGGCCAACCAAGUCCAAAGCAUUAUAUGGGUGAAUUUUUACUCUUAUAUUAGAUCGUGUAGGGGUGCAAACAUAAAAUCCUCUAAUUUUUACUUGUAAUUAGUACAGUACAAAUAGAGGAUGCCAGUAAUUGAUAUUAGGUUUAUUUUCCCUAUUUCUAGCUACAAUUUCGUCCCUAGUAUUGGAUAAUUACUUGGGUGACGUCAAGAACGAUACAUGUAUUCACUGUAAUAUAUUAGAACGUAAUACUAAAACUAUGUUUGGCAGACAUAAGUCUCUACCUUUUAGCUUUUGUACUGUUCAAAAAGUUUCUAAAAGCUUCUAGUUAUAUGUUUGACAUGACAAUUUUUAAGAGCUUUCCAAAAACAAUCCAAAAACAAUCCAAAAAUACCUCAUUCCUACCUCAUAUAAAUACCUUUUUUUAUCAUCCUUUUCGCCCCUUUCCAAAAACAAUCCAAAAAUACCUUUCUCUCACCUCUCCCACAUCUCCCCACCGGCUCCUCAAAUUUCCGCCAAAACCCCCUCCUCCUUCGAAAUUGCUACCGUGCUCCUCAACCAAUCUCUCACCUUCUUCUUUCUUUCAUCUUCUUGGAUUUCUUGGAUGGAUAUCAUGGAGAAGGAAGUAUCCGAGUUUAGUGAUGAGGUUCUUAUGGAUGGAUUGACAUGGGGAGAUGAAGCCAUGAAGGUGACAAGCUUGAUGAUGUGGGUAACAGUGGAAAUCCGCCAUCUCCGCUCGCGGUUGAAGUAGCGACGACUUCAAGGGAAGAAGAUGAUGAAGGUGUGGACGUUGAAGUCUUGGAGAAGGGUAUGUUUUUUUUCGUCAUUUAUUUGUAUUUUGUUUGGCUGACAGACAAUUUGGAACUGCAGUGUCUGUCUAGCCUAAAAGUGAAAGCGAUUUCAUACUUGUUUGAAGUGAACGUGGUUUAUGUUGUUUCUAUAGGAUAUUAGAUUUGAUUAUAUAUGGUGGUAUGCAUGGAGCAAAUUGUCUAUCCA